AUUAAAAUUCAGUUUAAUUAACAUGUUAAAAGAAAUACAACGACUUUUUAAAGACUUCAGUUUUCUCUUGAAAGCAUUCGAACUGCUUUUGGCGUGUAUUUGUCUGUACGAAUUGUCCAAAUACAGUGAAUACAUGAUUCCAAAAUGGUUAUGGAUUAUUUAUUGCAUCGAUUCGUUCACAUAUGCUAUAGUAUAUUUCUCUAUUGCAAUGACACAUGUGUUUGAGAAACCACGAAAAGUAUCAGAAUUUACAUAUUUUUCACUGGGAGUGAUUUUCAAUUUCAUAGGCGGAGUAGCAGGAAUUGAAAGAGGACGAAGUGGAGAUUCGGAAAAUAAUGAACAUCGAAAUGAGUUGAAAAUUGGAUUACUUUUACUAGCUAACUUUUUUGUAUUAUUUUUCGAAACUGCAUAUAUGGUUUACAUGGAAUAUAAAAGAAAAGGAAAAUUAAUUCCUAGACGUGCUAAUGUUCGAACAACGAAUAGAUAAUGUUCUAUAUUAAUUACUUUACAUUUUUAUAACUUUUGAAAGUCAUUUUCAAAAAAUAAAGAUUCAUAAGGAUCAAUGAAAUACCAUCAACGAUAUGAAUUUAUCAUUUAAUCGAUUCUUUGAAUAUUAAAACUUUUGUCAAAAAAUCAAACAAAAUAUCGUCUACAUUUAGGAAGUCAACAAUUUAUUCUAAUUCUAAAUAGAAUAUUUCUCAAAGAAAUGGGUAACAUACCGAUUCCUUUUAACAAUUCAAGGUUGAAUUCAUGGGCAAUUGACAAGAAAUUAUUAAUAUGGAAAACAGUAUCUAUGGUUUGUUUUACUGAACAUUUGCUUAAAAUUUUAUUAAGGUUAUUAACAUUAAAAAAUAGAAUUGAUUUUUUUUAGUCUGCCUGUAUAAUUGGCAGUGUAAUAUACUUAGGCCCGUUGGAACCAUACAUCGAAGUUCCAAUUUUUGGAAUUUUGGUACCCACUUUUAUGAUUGGGUACAUUAUUAUACAUUCAUCAGAUAUUUUCCUUUUGAUCAUGGGAGAGGAUUAUGUCUUUCUCGUGAGUAAGUGAAAAAUAAAAUACAAUUUAAAUGACAA